AUGAUACCAGAAAAGCCCCUCCCCUGUUCAGACGAGUUCCCUUCGCCUGAAGCCUACGUCGAGGAGCUCCUCAACUUUGCCACAACCACAGAUAUCUUCCAAAUCCUCUGCGGCGGCGUCCACGUCCUCGACUUCUUCACAAACGAACGGGGCCUCUUCUCCCAGAUCCUGCCCCAGGAAUGGCAGCCUUUCCUCCUCUUCUACGGCACCGAUGCCCUCCUGGACCUCCUCAUGCGAGACGACCUCGAUAACUUGCCAUUAGACUCCAUGCCAGUGCCUCCGCCAGAGAGUUUCCUAAAUUAUAUCCGCAGCAUCCGCAAGCUCUCCCUCCGCCGGACCUUCUCGCCCACCACGUCUGAAAGUAAACCCCCGCCAAAGCUCUCCCGCUCCGUCGCCGUCGGUAUGAAGCCCAAGAAGGUCCAUGAGGUGGCCCAUUUCGCGCGCUACGUCGAUUCUCUCGCCGGCUCAAUCGCCUCACGCUGGGGAAAAGAGACGACGCAUUUCGUGGAUUUCGGUAGCGGCCAAAACUACCUCGGCCGCACCCUUGCGCUGCCCCCUUACAACCGCCACGUCGUCGCCGUCGAGGGCCGCGAGCACAACAUUGACGGCGCAAAGGGACUCGACGUGCUCUCCGGACUGGCAAGCAAGGAGGUCGUCAUGCGCAACAAGAAGCUGUGGCUGCAGAUGCAGGCUGACAGGCUCGGCACCGACGUUGUUAAGAAGGCACCCGCGAAAGCCUCGCCCGACGCCGCAGCGGCAGCAGAGGACUUUGAUUUCAGACCCAUCAAGGAACUCGAGCCGCGGUACAACCGCGCGCUUGGAAAGGGCUCCGUCUCAUACGUAGUCGGCAGGCUCGAAAGCGGCGACCUGACCGAAGUCAUCGGGCGCAUCGAAAAGGAGGUCCUUCCGGAGGAAUCAUCCCAGGACCUCAAAAUGAUGGCCGUCUCGAUCCACUCGUGCGGAAACCUCUCCCACUACGGCAUCCGCUCGCUCGUCAUGAACCCGGCCAUCCACUCCGUCGCCAUCGUCGGCUGCUGCUACAACCUGCUGACGGAGAAGCUCGGCCCGCCGACCUACAAGCUGGCCGGGUAUGCCCGCCCCAGCCUGCAGGCGCUCAACGGCCGCGUCGUGCGCGAGUCGGCGCGGCGGGAUCCAGAGGGUUUCCCUCUGAGCGAGACGCUUUCUGGGUACAAGGGACACGGUGUGCGGAUGAACAUCACGGCGAGGAUGAUGGCGUGCCAGGCGCCUCAGAAUUGGACGCAACCCGAGAGCGACGAUUUCUUCACGCGGCACCUGUUCCGCGCGGUGCUGCAAAAGAUUUUCCUCGACCGCGGCGUCAUUUCAAAGGUCUACCACCGCGAUGCUGCUGCUGCUGCCGCUGACACGGAGGGCAAGGAACCGUCAGACCAGACGGAAGAGGAGAGGGAGUCCCCCUUCAACACCUCCACGAACCCCGUCAUCAUCGGCUCCCUCCGGAAAGCGUGCUACAAGUCCCUCAAGGACUACGUCCGCGGCGCCGUAGCCAAGCUGACGACGAAUCGCGAGUACAGCCAGUAUAGCGACGUGAUCCGGGACAAGAUGGCGAAUAUGACGGACGAGGAGAUUGAAGUGUACGAACGAGAGUAUGCCUCCCGUAAGAAGGAAGUCGCGGCAGUGUGGAGUCUCAUGGCCUUUAGCGCCACUGUCGUCGAGUCGCUCAUCGUCACGGACCGCUGGCUGUUUUUGAAGGAGCACGACGACCUCGUCCGAGACUGCUGGGUCGAGACGGUGUUUGAUUAUGCCGAGAGCCCGAGGAAUAUGGUGGUUGUGGGUAUCAAGAAAUGA